UCUAUAUUUCUUCUCUGCUUUUUCUCUUCUUCUUCUUCUCCUCCUUCUUCUUCUCGUUAUGAUUGGAAGACAUUUGAAUAUAAACCCUAAAUUAAAUGAAAUGAUAGAAGUUAAAAGCUGAUUGGAAGAGGCAUUCGGUGAAAGGCCCAAAAAAACAAAAGAAACCACCCACAAUUCACAAUUCACAAUUCACAGUUCACACCUUCCCCAAACGGCUAUAAUUCACGUCACACCACUCUCCCUUGGAAACACACCACUUCACUCCCACCCUCUCUUCCUCUUAGAGAGAGAAACAAGAGAGAGAAAGAGAAAAAAGAGUUCUUGGCGCUUUUUGGGUUUUCUGGGGUGUCUGUGGAUUCAUCUUCUUUUAUUAUGAUUAUUACUGAUUACUGAUUCAUAGAAUCACACUCCUCGAUUCCUGUUCUUAUUGCUGUUGUUGUUGUUGUUCGCCACCAUGUCUGAGGAGUACUAUAAUUCCAAGAAAACUGAUGAUUUCUGCGGUGAUGUUACUGCCCAGGGAACUCGAGCAGCAUUGAGCUUGUCAAGAAUCCGGUGUAUUUUGAGAGGAUUGGACUUCAAGACUUACAUGUUCUUGUUUGUGUUUGUCCCAAUUAGUAUCUUCUUUCUGUAUUUGCAUGGCCAGAAAAUAUCCUAUUUUCUGAGACCACUCUGGGAAUCGCCACCGAAGCCUUUCCAUGAAAUCCCUCACUACUAUCAUGAGAAUGUAUCAAUGGAGAAUUUGUGCAGACUUCAUGGCUGGAGGAUCCGUGAAUCGCCGAGGCGAGUUUUCGAUGCAGUUUUGUUUAGCAAUGAAGUUGAGAUGCUUACUAUCCGUUGGAAAGAAAUGUAUCCAUAUGUGUCACAUUAUGUGAUCCUCGAGUCGAACUCAACGUUCACAGGAUUGCCUAAACCUUUGGUUUUUGCAAGCAACAGGAACAAUUUCAAGUUUGUCGAGUCUCGACUAACGUAUGGGAAGAUUGGAGGAAGGUUCAAGAAGGGAGAAAAUCCUUUUGUUGAAGAGGCCUAUCAAAGAGUUGCAUUGGACCGGCUUCUGAAGAUUGCAGGAAUCGAAGACGACGAUCUCUUGAUCAUGUCUGAUGUCGACGAGAUUCCAAGUGCCCACACAAUUAAUCUCUUAAGGUGGUGUGAUGACAUCCCUCCGAUUCUUCAUCUUCAAAUGAGGAACUACUUGUACUCCUUCGAGUUCUUUCUCGAUGACAAAAGUUGGAGAGCCUCAGUUCAUAGAUACCAGUCCGGAAAGACACACUACGCCCACUAUAGGCAAUCUGAUGUGCUGUUGUCAGAUGCAGGCUGGCAUUGUAGCUUCUGUUUCCGCCGCAUAAGCGAAUUCAUAUUCAAGAUGAAGGCAUACAGCCAUAAUGAUCGGGUGAGGUUUCCUCAUUACUUGAACCCAAACAGGAUUCAGAAUGUGAUAUGCGAAGGAUCUGACCUAUUCGACAUGAUUCCCGAAGAGUAUACAUUUAAGGAGAUUAUUGGGAAGUUGGGGCCUAUUCCUCAUUCUUAUUCAGCAGUACAUCUUCCUUCAUAUUUGUUGAACAAUGCUGAAAAGUACAAGUUCCUUUUGCCAGGUAAUUGCAAAAGAGACGGUGGCUGAUUUUAAAACUGUGACAUUGAUUCCAUUAAGGUUGGACGUUGUUGUGUAUAACAGCACCAAGGGAGCACCAUUGGCCAAGGUUCAAAAGUAGAAAAAAAAUAUAUACCCUUUGAAUCAAGCCAAUGUAAUUUAGGCCAUUCUUUGAAGAGGGAUAUUCUUGAGCAGAAACACUUGCAUGUUCGUGAAACACAUUUAACAUAUAUUUCCCAAACAUUCCUUGAGAAUGUACAAAAUGUGUUGUAACGUGCAAGUAUUUCUCGAUUUGAAAUUUGGCAUGGAUGAUGCAUGAGAUUCUGGUAUGAGGAGCUUGUUGCUGAGGGAAAUAGUGUUACAAUAUCUUAACAAACCUUUUGUACUUUUGACAUUGGUAACAUAAUAGCAAGAGGAUACCAACCUUUUUGUCA